AAUGAUGGGGUACAAUCAAACUUGUAAUGCCAUGAGCCGAUUUGUUUUGGAUCAUACGGAAACGAUGAAUACAUCGGGGAUCAGCCAAGACAACAACAUUACUAGCCAAAGUGAAAUGAUCACCAAUAUGUAUACAUUAGAGACUACACGGUUUGCAGUACAGAAGAUUCUAGUACCUAUACUUACCACCCUUGGUCUUGUAGGAAAUGCAAUUAGUAUUUGCGUUUUGACUCAUAAAUCAAUGGUUUCCUCCACAAACUGCAACGUGGUGAAUCUGCUAAUACUUGUCAAUUCAUCAAUGAAUUUCAUGUUGUACUCAGCCAUGAGCACAAAGUUUCGAAGAGUGUUUAUGCGAAUGUUCUGUUACUGUGAUCGCAACGGUAUUGACCACUUUAGUAAAACAGAACUCAGCUUCUACAAAGGACAAUCGAUGCGUGGGUCACAAAUACCAUUCAGGUUCCGAUCACAUCGUGCUACAAAGGGAAAAAAGGAAGAUGGCAUACACACAUAUCAGCAUCGAACAAGAAGAAAUAAUAACACUUGUAAUAGACACAACUUAACAAACAAAACAAGAACAUUUGUAACGGAGCACAAAGGUUCAUUGUCUAUAUCAAGUUCUCCAAAGAACUCCUCUCGGAACAGCCAAUAUUAUGAGAAGAGCUAA